AUGCUGAGAUCAGACGAGGUUGAAUGUGUCUCUUUGUACUUUGGCGUAGAUGGCAUUAGAAAUGUUCUCGAGAGACUAGGCGAGUCGUCCACUGUGCACUUCAUUGGCGAAGAUAACAAAAACUUUAAGCACGAAUCAGAUCGUAUUGAAAAAUUCGAGCAAAAGCUGCAAUAUUUGAAAAAGGAGUUGGAAAAUCAGGACAGACCAGUAGUAGAGUGCGAAAGCUAUCCCGAAACACCACUGUUAGAAAUCGAAAGUGAAAUCAACAAGUAUCAUGAGAGAUAUUUGUUCCUUAAGUUGUCAAAAAGAUCGAACCAAAGGGAGGAGCACAUACUCGAGCAAAAUCUGAAAAUGAUUAAGCUUAGUAGGCAUUUUAUAAGUGAGCUAAAAGAACCAGAAGACACGACGGUUAUUAAUUUUGACUUUAUUACGGCAAUAUCUAAUAUAGACAAGAAACUAAUGAUAAGGCAGAUGCUAAAGCAUAGGCUGAGGAGAAAUGUCUACAUAAAAACCUUUGAUGUUGAGUUAAGAUCAAGUGUUAGCCAGCAAACUGUAUUUGUUGUGUAUGUUCUUGCUGAAGAUAACAAAGCCUUUGCCAGAUCAAUAAUCAAAAAUUUGGGAGGCCGAGUAUUGGAUUUUGCUAUGAAAGACUCUCAAAUACAUGAAGACAUCCAAGAAAGAUACAGUAGAGUCAAAAGAUUGAAUCUCAGUAUUGACAAACAGAUACUGCAGGUACUUGGAGAUAUGCAAAAGAGGCAUUCUAUCUGGAGAUACUGCAUUAGCAAAGAAAGAUCAAUUGUUGAGACUAUGAAGAAGCUAACAAAAAUUGAGAACACACGGUGCUAUGUUGGGGAAGGCUGGGUUUUGAAGAAAAGCAUGGACAAGCUUGAAGAGCUGAAAUGCUUUGACAAUGAAAAAGGUAGGUUUUUAUUUGAAAUUAAAAAGUCAAGCUUGGUCAGACCGACAAGCUUUGAGCCGUCAGAAUUCUCUAGUCCAUUUCAGAGCUUAACAAACGUGUUCGGUGUUCCAAAGUAUCAGGAAAUCAACCCAGCCAUAUUUAUGACUUUCACGUUUCCAUUUCUCUUUGGAGCAAUGUUUGGAGAUGUGCUCCAUGGCUUAAUUUUAUUGGCAAUUUCGUUAUUUCUAAUACACAAUCAGAAGAAGCUACAUAAAAAAUGUGGGGUGUUUCAGAUUAUUCUCGACGGCAGAUAUGUGGCUCUUGCUUGCGCAUUCUUUGCGUGUGGUUCGGAUUUAUGUAUGGAGAUUUUGGGUCAUUGCCAAUAG